AUGGCAUCCAAGUUCGCUCUACGAAAACCAGCCCUGUUCCGGGAACUGACGCUUCGAGUGCUGGCGAUCUAUCUUUUCGUUUCGUUUGGAUCAAUUAACUUCGGCUUCGACAUCUCCUGGUGGGCAUCAUGCCUGGGCAUAACUGAAUUCAAGGAACGCUAUGGCGUCUUACCAGGUCCCGGCCAGGCCAAAGUAAUCCCAUCGACCUGGCAAUCUGCCGGCACAGGCACGCCCAAUGCCGGCAUGGCCAUCGGCUGCUUGAUAGGCGGUUAUGCCAAUCAAUGGCUGGGCAGAAAACGGACAAUUGCCUUGCUAUCUGUGAUUGCCAUUGUUGGAAUCAUCUUGCAGGUUUCUAUUGAUUCGUAUUGGGGAAUCAUCGUGGGACGGACGAUUAACGGUCUUUCAGUCGGAAUGGAAGCAAACGUCAUUCCAACAUACAGCGCUGAGCUGGCGCCUCCAGCCAUCCGCGGCACACUGGUGGGCUUUUACCAAUGGUGGCAGAUUCUGGGAAACAUCUUCGCAAGCUGCUGCAUCUACGGCACUUCGAUACAUCUGAGUGGGCAAUGGACAUACAAGACAGUCAUGGUGGUACAAUUAGUUAUCCCCGUAAUCCUUCUUGUUGGUGUCUGGUUCAUGCCCGAAUCCCCCCGAUGGCUUCUGCAAAAACACCGAGAUGAAGAGGCACUACGCGCCUUAUCAAGCGUCCGGAAGGGCUCUGCAGAGACCGAAGCGGUGGAAGCCGAGUUCGAGCUAAUGAAAAUGGCAAUGCGCGAGGAGGAGCAGAUGCGUGCCGCAUCCAACUGGCGCGAUGUGUUUGUAGGUCCCAAUUUACGCCGUACCAUGAUCGCCACAUUCGUUCAGAUCUUCCAGCAGAUUCAGGGCAAUUCGUUCAUGAACAACUACCUUGUGGUCUUUCUACAGCAAAUCGGUAUCACCAACUCAUUGAGCAUCUACAUCGCCAGCAACUGCACUCAGCUGGGGGGUAUCACGCUGUCAUUCCUGCUGCUCGACCGUUUUGGGCGACGGCCAGUGCUGUUCAUUGGAGCCUUCAUUAUGGCGGUAUUCAUGUACGUGAUCGGCGGACUGGCUGCUUAUACACCGGGUGGCGUCAGUGGAUCAAGUGCUCAGGGUUGCGUUGCGGCCAUUCUGCUUUACCAGGCCGUUGCAGCCGGAGCCUGGGGAUCAUGUACCUGGGCGACAACGGCGGAGGCCUCGACACAGCAGCUUCGCGAGAAGACAAUCAUGUUAGCAACAUUCUCGAGCUUCGUCAUGGUGAUUCUCGUAACGUAUAUCAAUCCGUAUGUGCAGGACUCCGGAUACGGCGACCUAGGGCCGAAGGUGGGAUUCGUUUUCGGUGGCUGUUCGAUCCUGGCGAUGGUUUGGGUUGCGUUUUGUCUCCCGGAGCUCAAGGGGCGCAGUCUAGAGGAGCUCGACGAGAUGUUUAAUGCCGGUGUAUCGGUUUGGAAGUUCAAAUCGUACAAGUGCACCGGCAUUGGCGCAACAAUCACGGAGGUCCAAAAUAGGAAUGCUGAUGCCAAUGAGGCAAAGAAGGCUCUGGUUCUAUCGGAAGAAGCUACCAAUCCAGAGAAAGCGGAAUAG